GACAGGAAAGUAGAUUUUUCCCUAACAAAAGAAAAGGAAAAGGUAGAAUUUACAAUUUGGGAGGUUCAGUGACCAAGACAUCUACAAAUUCCACAACAGUAGCAAACUGUUGAAUAAGUACGACAGAGAAACAGUUUUUCUGCUUGGAGAUUAAACGGGGUCGGCGGACGUUUAAAACUUCUGUGCGCGUGUCAUUGCUGUCGGCAGGAUCACAUCGGGAUGGAUCUGUCCUACCCAUGCAUGCAUUGAUAUGCUCGACGGCGUAUGGUACAAUGCCUACCUGGACGACAUUAAAAUUUGGUGCGACCUGUCUCCACUCUCCAGUGGUGUGGUCCAUGAGUCCUGGAUCCCAGAUGGAAUUAACAGCGGAAAUCCUGCUGCUCCGAUCGAACCGGGCUGCUGCAUGAUCCUCCUCCCAUCUUCUUGCGAUCGAGUCCUGGCUGUCCAUCAUCCCUCCACUGGCCAUUGCCACCCUGAAUGGUGAGCAGGAGAAUGGGAAUCCCCAGGUGGUGGCCUGCCAAAGUCAAACGCUCCAUGUGUCGGCGCCAUGGCCGAAGCUUCUCCUGUGUUCAGCAGGGUGCAGGUGGCAGCUAUAUAUGCGAACGCAUAUCGCAAGCUGCAGUUCUAGCACGAUCCUCUCAUCAGAUCAGUCACCACUCACCAACUCGCCACUCCAUCAGCACCACUUGCUAGCUCCUCGCCAGAUCUUGCAGCCGUUUUUGCAGUCUUCUCCGAUCCAGUGUUCAGCUCGCACAAGCAUUGCCUCUGGAUCGAUUCGGCCUCCCUCCUACGUGGCAUGGCGCGUUGCGGCGCCGGCGUGACGCUGCUCUUGGUGUCUCUCUACGCGCUGCUGCCGGCAAUCACCGACGCCGGUCUGCAGGAAGGCUUCUACAAGAGCAACACCAACUGCACCGCCGACGUCGAGGCCACCGUGGCGAGCGUCGUCCAGCAGUACGUCUCCGCGGACCGCGGCGUCGGCGCAGGGCUCAUCCGCCUCCACUUCCACGACUGCUUCGUCAAGGGCUGCGAUGGUUCGGUUCUCAUCGAUCCGAGCCCCGUCAACCCGGACCCCGAGAAGGGCUCGCCGUCGAACGGCGGCCUCCGCGGGCUCGAGGUGAUCCAGGACGCCAAGCGGCAGCUCGAGGGCGCGUGCCCGGGGACCGUGUCCUGCGCCGACAUCCUCGCCUUCGCCGCCCGCGACGCGUCCAACAUCCUGAGCGCCGGGGCGAUCAACUACGGCGUCCCCUCGGGCCGCCGGGACGGGCUCGCCUCCGCCGCGUCCGACGCCACCCAGAGCCUGCCCCCGCCGUUCGCGGAGCUUGGCCGCCUCACGGAGCUCUUCGCCGCCAAGGGGUUCACGCAGGACGAGCUCGUCACGCUCUCCGGCGCGCACUCCGUCGGCCGCGCCCACUGCGGGUCCUUCGCGGAGCGGAUACGCCCCAACGUGAGCGAGACCAUGGACGCGGAGUACGGCGCCGGGCUGCAGCGGCGGUGCGCGGAGGACGCCGGGGACGGCGCGGCGGUAUUCGUCGACCAGGACCAGGGCACGCCGGCCGACCUCGACAACCAGUACUACGGGAACGUGCUCGCCGGGAAGGUGCUCUUCAACUCGGACUGGGCGCUCAUCAGCGACAACACGACGAGGCAGAUGGUGGAGGGCAACGCCGCGAACCAGGCGCAGUGGGCGGCCAAGUUCAUCGACGCCAUGCGCAAGAUGGGCGCCCUGGACGUGCUCACCGGCGACCAGGGAGAGAUUAGGAGGUUCUGCAACGUCACCAACAGCGGCUGACUGAGCACGUCGUCACCGACGAAACAGUGUAAAAUGGAGACGUCCUAAACAACGUACAUAUGGCCAGUCGCUACUGCUGCAUUGCUUGGACUGUUUCUCUCCAGUAGUCCAGUGACACAAAAGUUUUUUUUUCCUUAGUUACGUACAGUCAUACAUAGAAAUUAAAUAUCGACCGUCUUUUCUGUUAUCUAAUCAUUAUUGCAACUGUGCCACUUGUAAAAUUUCA